CUAAAAAGGGUUCCAAUUCCAAAGGUACCUGAACAUCGUUCUCAUGAAUGAUCUUCAAUCCAAUCCUUGAAGGUAAGAUCGCAGCCGUGGUUCAAUCCAUUUUUUCAGAUUGUGUGUUUUGAUACAAGAGAAAAAUAAUGGAGAUUUUCAAGAAGGCUGAAACCGUGCGUUUACGUAGCUACCACGACAAGUACCUUCUCGCAGACGACGACGAAGAUUCCGUGAACCAAGACAGAGACGGACGUUGCAUGAACGCUAGAUGGAAGGUGGAGAUUCUAGAAGAAGCAAACGUGAUCCGUCUCAAAAGCUGUUUUGGCAAGUACCUAACCGCUUCAAACAUGCCAUUGUACCUUGGCAUGACAGGCAAGAAGGUAACGCAGACGCUGCCACGUCGUCUAGACUCAUCAACCGAAUGGGAACCCGUUAGAGAAGGCGUUCAAGUUAGGCUCAAGACAAGGUAUGGGCAGUAUCUUCGAGCUAAUGGAGGUUUACCACCAUGGAGAAACUCAGUCACACAUGAUGUUCCUCAUAGGUCAACCACACAGGAUUGGGUUUUGUGGGAUAUUGAUAUUUUGGAAAUCAGAAAGAAGAAACCACCACAACCUAUUCUCCCGCCUCCUCCACCACCACCAGAGGUUCUGAUGGCAACAAUAGAUGAUCACGCUGAGCACAACUCACCCAAAGAGUUCUCUCUCAAGUCCCCAAGAUUUUCUAAAACAGAGGUUGAAGAUAGAGUCAGCUCACCAGGCAAGGCAGAUGGGAGACUAAUUUAUUACAGGGUUGGGGAUGAAGAUGGGAACGUGGAUGAAGGAGCAAAGGAAGAGCUUUUCUGUUUCAAGGGACUGGGACUAGAGGAGCUGAAACAGAAGCUUGAAGAAGAGACAGGUCUGAGUGAUGUAUCAAUCUGUUCCAAGAACCCUUUAAACGGCAAAUUGUAUCCCCUUAGGCUGCAUCUCCCUCCCAACAACUCAAAGAUGCAUGUCGUUUUGAUCCCUUCCUCUUCAAAAGGGGAUGAUGCAAGCACAUCUUGAAGUAUGGUUCAAAACUACAGAGAGUUUGUUGUCCAAGACCAAAAAAACUGUGUAUUUUGGUAACAUGCUGUAGAUCAACAAGACCUUUUCACCAUAACACUGCAUACCAUAAAUAUGUUUUGAUGCUAAAAGAAUCUUGCAUCAGGCUGUAUGUGAAAUCCUACCUAAGUAACAAAAAUCCCAUCUAUUUAUUGUCUAUAAGCUUCUUUUAUUCUCGGUGAUAUGUUCAUGAAACAAAUCAUAUUUGAGUAAACUGUUAAAGGAGAGCCUAAAUUUAUUAAACAUCAAGUUUCUUAAGGAGCACAAGAUAACUCAAGGUAGCAACUGUUAAGAAAGACAGGAGAGUACCUGGCCAAACCAGUGCUCCUGAGCGUAGACUAGACACGCAUUCUUAUCAAGCACCGGUUACCUGCAGUAACAGAUUUGGUUACCUUAAGUUGAGCUUAUAUGGCUUACAUCAUAUACUCAGCUUUUCACAGUAUUCAAGGGUCUUAAAUUUCUCUACUCUCUAGAUGUUUAUAGGUGUGCCCAAACGUCAUGCAAUUUCAUCUGUAGCUCCUGUUUUUCUUUUUUCCUUUUUUUUUGCUCAUGCAUUUCUCUACUCUCAAGACACCAUAAAGUUAGAUUCAGACAUUAGCCUUGCUUAAGUAUCCGUUCACAUGUCUCUGUGUUUUGUUCAAACCACAGAAUGAGAUGUUUUGUUUCCUGGAUAGAGUUGUAACUAAAGAACUUACAGUGAGACCUUUCUCAUUGAAAGUUUUACUUCUCUCAAGAUUAUCUUGAAACAUGAAAUGGAAUAAACAAAAACAUUUGCAUCAAAGGUUUAAUGAUUUUUUAAAAAAAUAUUUAGUACAUUUGCAUCAUUCAUGAAAUUUAUAAGGUCUGAAAAUGAAUGUUAAAGUUUAUAAAAUAAAGAACAAUCAAAGGGGAUGUAGCUCAGAUGGUAGAGCGCUCGCUUAGCAUGCGAGAGGUACGGGGAUCGAUACCCCGCAUCUCCAUUCUAUUUUUUUCCGUUCUUUCUGUUACACGUUCACUUGAUAUUUCCUUAGGAUCAUUAAAGCGAGACCGAAAGCUCUAUAUUUAAAGGAAUAUAAUAUUUAAUGUAAAGUUUUAAAGUUACUAGCUUAGUUCUUAAAUGAAAAGAUCUAAUACAAUUCCGCAGUCUUACUAAUUAUAAGCUUCUCGAGGACAUAACUUUCCUAACAUCUUACUUAGUAUAAAGACCAUACACUAAAAGGUAUUCAUAUCAUAGUUCUUACUUAGAUUCGAAUCCAACAUACAUAUAUAAUGGCUCUAUAGAUUGUAAACGAUAGAUUAUCUUUAUUAUUAAACUUAAAUCGUACAUGUAAAGAUAGAUUUUCUAUUGGUGGCUGCAACUCUGCGACCUCACCAUCGGUCCUCGUGUGUUUUCGCCGCAUAUUACCAUUUCCUCCGGUGACUCUACGGUCACUCUUAAAAGCGUUUCUUUUCAGAAAAGGAAAACAGUAAAAGAGAGGAUUAGAUUCAUUGGUCUGAACCAAGAGUCAAAAAGACAAAACCCACCUGUAAUCCCAUCAAUUUUAGUUGCCUACCGUUUAUCCAUUAUAGCUGGACACCCCAGAUAUUUCCACGUGGCACCGUGUCACGGGAGUGUAAUAAAAAAGCUUAUAUUCUUCUAGAUGUAACGUUAGCAUAAUAAUAACCUUUUUUUAUUUUUUUUGUCAACAACGUUAGCAUAACUAUCUCCCCAAAACUAAUAAAAAGUCUACCUUUUCGUCUUGUUUUUUAAUUAUUUACUCAAUUACUUACUUUUUAUAAAUAGUUUCAUAUUAAAAAAUAUUAAAUGAUUAAUCCUGUUUAAGAAUCUGGACACGAGUAAAGAAAGUUAUCAACAUACUUGAUUAAUCUAUCAUAUCUUAACCUUUCUAAAUUCUAAAGAAUAAAUAAGUGGUAAAACUAAAUUUUAUCAUCAAUUUUUUCUUAGAUUAUCAGACAUUUUGUUU